AUGGCUCUAAAAGCACGAAGGGAGCGCUUGGCGGCCGAUCCCGGGCUGUCUGUGGCAGACUUAGAGAAGGCCAUUGGCAACGCUUUGAGUCGCCUUGGAGCAGACUUGAACUACUUGGUGGUCGUGCCACUCAAGAACGUCAGCUGGACGUCGGCGCCAUCGUCGACGUUGCCAGCAUUGGCCGCGGCUCCGGACCUGUACGAGGAGCUCAUGACGGUCGCGCCGAACACGGCUUUGCCUCCGCGCAAGUUGCAGGACGCGGUAAGCGCGUUGUUGGCUUCGGGCCAGAUCUUGGCAGCUAAGGACAAGGUUUCCGAGCAGGAAUAUGCAGAACAGCUUGGCGAUCGUCUGCGGAUGGUUUUCGCCAAAGUUCGGUCUUGCGCUGGGGACCGAGCCACCGAGAAGCGCACCAUGAGCAAGGCCACGGAGAAGCAGGCAGCAGUCUUGCGAGCUUUGCUCGCACGGUGCUCGUACAAGUCCCUGGGCCCGCAAUUACCCGUGUCGACCUCUAGUCUGGCAACAGCUGCUUCUCGGGAAUCCGACACCGCCGUGCUGGAUCUAGACUUCGAGGCCUUAGCUGGGCAGUUCGAGGACCUGAGCUCUGCUGCAUCGGCCAAGCCGUCUCCGGCACGCACCAGCGAGAAGCGCCCUCCAGACCGCGUUGAUGAAGAUGCUAUCCUUGCCGAGCUUGCCACUCAGUCCUCCGUCGAGAUCCUCGACGUGAAGCCUCCCCCGAAGGUGUUGAAGCGGCCUGCAGCCGCACUGAAGAGACCGGCCAGCGCGCCCGCACCUCUUCAGCAGGCUGCUCCUACGACGGCGGAGGAAGAGAUUCCGCGAGGCUGGCGGCCGUCGCAGUCUUUCGGGCUCAUCAAGGUGACCGCGGCCACCGCAAAGGGCUACAUUCAGGCCAAGGCCUCCGUGGACUCGAAGCCGUACCUGCUGUGCAAUGUCGGUGUGCAGCGAGGCCCAGAGCAGACCCGCCUCUUGGCGGCGCUCUUCAGGAAGUCUGCCUCGGAGGAAAUGCUCACAAAGGAGGCCGUGGUCACAUUCAGAAACCAGCUGCAGGUCUAG